AUGCGGAGGUUGCUAAGUACUGGGGUAUUGCCCGAGGGUAGCAAUACAACAGGGAAAACUCAGAGCAUCAGAUCAGCUUGUUCAUAUAGUGUGUCCCAUCUUUGGAUUAAUACCGUUUUCUAUGAAUCUUUAUUUGUAUCCACAAAGGUAAUAAUGAACGAUAAUCCAGUACUAUUUACAGAGAUAGUAUUAUUGUUAAAGACAUUUUUGAAAAUGUUUAUUUGUACAAAAUACCUCCUUAUCUUGAACAGAACAGGUUCAAGAACAGUUCCUCAGGCAAAGAGAACAUGUAAUGUCUUGACCUCUUCUUCGGUAGUUCCUUUAAUUUCAUCAAUACUGAUAGGUGUGCCUUUGCUUGGGCUUAUGAGACUUGACAUGAAAGGGGAAAAUGGCACACUAGAGUUACAAUGUGAGCGUGACAGCGACCAUGUUGGUCGUGAUUAA